CCACCCCACCCCACCCCACAACGCCAUGUUGCGCAUAAUCCUAUUUGGGUGGCUGUUGGCCGGCCCGGCACUCCUGGUCCACUCGGAGCUCACAGAACUAGAUGGCCCCAACAUAUGCAAGAGGCGGGAGAGCUACCCCGUUGAAGUUGUCUACACUGAGCUGCAGUCGUACCAGGAGCGUGGCUCCAACUGGUGCCUCACCAUCCCGCCACGCUGCUCCACGUACCGCAUCAAGAAUCGGGUGGUAAACAAGACCAAGACAAUCAUGAAGAACCGCAUUGUGCGCGACUGUUGCGGUGAAUCUCUCGGGAGUUUCGAGUCCCUACGUGCCCCGAGCCUGUAUUUUCACGAUCUACGAUCUACAUUCCAGAUGGUUAUGUGUCCAGCGGCGGGGAGUGCGUGCCCCAUUGUACGGACCACUGCGAGCACGGCAGAUGCAUUGCCCCGGAGAAGUGCAAGUGCGACCAUGGCUAUGGCGGCCCUGCCUGUGAUAUAAGUUCGUUUAACCUUUGCUUCCCUUCCCUUCCUUUCCCUUCUCUUCCCCGAUUAACCCUUUCGUAUUUGUGUACAAUGAAACGCCUUGGGGGUGGGGUGCAUGUGGGGCCACCUCUGGGUCCCAUUGCUUAGUCCUUUAAAGCCCUUGCAGAGUGCUCUGACAGAAUCGGGGCUAGCCAUGAGAUAUACAUACGAUAUAUUCCGAACACAAAUGCCACAACAGGGGGACAAAACGUAGGACAAUUUGGGAGUACAUAAUACAGAAUACGAAGAAGGGCCAGGACACACAACAUGGACAUUGAGGAGGAUCUGGACGGCAUGCCACCCAUCAGCAUCGGCACCUUCGGGAUACCCAAUGACCCGGAACUGCUGGACGAGUACGCGCUGUACCGUCCCUCGAUAGGCUCAAGUACGUGGAGAUAGUCGAGGCCUGUCCGGCGGCCUUCUGGCCGGAGAGCGAGAUGGCCGAGCUGGCGGCACUCGUGCGGGAACAUGUGCGCACCAUGGACAUCCGCCAUCUGCAGUCCCUCUCGGAGGAGAGCUUCCAGCGCCACAAAGGGAGCAGCGACUCGGAGCCGGACGUCACGUCGGAGGAGUCUGAGGCCCUGUUUGUUUCUAGCGAUGAGCGCAACACCUCCUCCGAGUGGACAGACGAGCAAGAGGGAGAGUGCUCCGAAGAGCAGUCCACAGAGCAGCCCGACCCGAAGAAUCAGGCUAAGAUCAACUUUAAUAGAGUGGAAACGGAGGAGGAGCAGCCGGCAGGGGCAGGGGCAGUGACAGGAGCAGCGGCAGUCUGAGGAGUCAUGUACCUUCUGGAUGACAUCCAGGAGGCCAAACGCGUGGCGCGUGGUUCCCGCAACGCCGUGCGACAGCAGCUGCGGCGCUUGCAGGCCGCCAGGAAGGAGGCGCACGAGCAGCGGGUGCACCGUCGCACCGUUAUGCGGCAGAGGCCCGCCGAGCAGCCUGAGAAGAAGCGCCGCAAGAGCAGGAAGACAGUGAUGGGCGUCUUCAGUAUGAAGGUGGAGCCCGAGCCGGAAGACGACGAAGAUAAGAUCGUGGACAGGCGAAACAAGGAGAAGGUGCUGGAGCGCCUCCGUCGCUACGACUUCCCCUCGGAGCACUGCCAUCACAUCGACCUGAGCUUUGUGCGCUUCUUCGAUAACCUCGUCUCGUUCACCCUCGAGUUCCUGGGGCCACACAUGGGGCGCGACUUCCACAAGCGGCACCUGCGGUUCUCCACCGAGGACGUGGUGCGGCUGGCCAGGGGCCUCCAGGAGCUCGACAAGCUGCAGAUCUUCCGCCUGCGCAACAGCCGCAUGGACCAUCUCAAGCUGCACGUCCUCUGCCGUGUCCUCAAGAACCUGAAGGCCUUGGAAGUGAUUGAUUCGCCCGUCCAGCCCGGAUUACAGAUGCAGGCCCCGUUCUCGGGCUCGCACUUGCCACCGUUCUCACAGCGGCACUCCUCCAAGCAGCUGGCGCCAAAGCGCCCCUCCGGACAGACAUCGGCGAACCUGGCGCCCGUAUAGCCCUUGGCGCACUCGCACUCCCCGCUGAAGGGCUCGCAGAGGGCGUUGUUCAGGCAGUCGCACUGCAUCGAGCAGUUCCUUCCGUACCAGCCAGAACAGGACUAGACGUUAUACAGGAUGUUGCGACAGUUAGAGAACAGCCAGGGCGUGGUCAUGAGCACG